AUGGCAGUAAAAUGCCAACAUGCGCCUGUCUGUAGCCGUUUUUUUUCUGAAAAGAAGAAAACAAACAUGGCUUCCAUCAACAGCAUCGAGUGGAGAUCUAUCUGCGACAAAUUCACCAACGCCCAACAUCUCACCGAAACAGAGUCCAGAAAAGACCCAGAAAACGACCCGUUCCGGUCCAAAUACAAAGCCAGGGAGCUUCUAAGAGAAAUCUACUGCUCCCUGAAGAGCUUCGAGGCCGGGGACGGAGAGGAGGAGGCCGGCGGAGACAACUGCGAACAGCCGCCCCCUGCUCAGCCACUGGACGGUCAGAGGGAGGAUGGGUUCAGCCGGGGCCUCAGCGGAGACUCUCCUGCGGGGAUGCGGGCGGCUAAGCUCGGGGCUGUGGAGUACUACCUGGGGGUUAACCACGUGGACACGGAGGAGCUGUCAGCCGGACAGGAGCAUCUUAUGAACUGCAUGAAAAUGCUGGAGAAAUGCAGGGUGUCAUCAGAGAACGUCUCUCUGUUCAUCCAUGUCAGGAACCAGCUGGGUGUCCUUUGGGCUGGCCGUGAUGAGACAGAGACAGCUCAGGGUUUCCUGGAGACAGCAGAGUCCAUCUACCAACACUACAUGAAGGAGGAUGGGAGGCCUCCGACUGACAUGACAGAGUAUUUCAGCACAGAAGAGAACCUUCUGACACACCAGGAAAGAACGAAGAGGUUUGAGUUGGCGUACACCCAUACCAUGUACUACCUUGCUCAAGUUUAUAAAAACCUGGGUGAAAACGAGCGCGCUGCCACCUACUGUCACAGCACCCUGCAGAGACAGCUCCAGUUGAACCAGUACAGUCCAAUGGAGUGGGCCCUGAAUGCUGCCACACUGUCUCAGUAUUAUAUUACGAAGGGCAGAUACAUGGAAGGCAGGCACUGCCUUGCAGCAGCUACUGUUAUAUCCAGGUUGGCUGGAGAGGUUCCCUCAGAAGCUGCUGCACAAGAAAGUGAGACAGAGAGCGAGCGCAGGGAGCAGCUCCGGCAGAAACGAGCAGAGAUCGCCAGAUGUUGGAUUAAAUACUGCCUCAAUCUCCUGCAGGACUCCAAGAAGCUGCUGGAGGAUAAUAUCGGUGAGCUGGAUACCGAUCGUCAGGAUGAGUUGAAACAGGCAAGACGGCAGGAGGAGGAGGAAGAAGAAAAGGGCAGGAAGAGCGCUCUGCUGUUUGGAUCAGAGGAUACAUUUGAUUCCAUCGCAAGCACAGAGGAAAAGGUGAUGUGUUUGUUCCCUCUGGACUUUGCAGAAGCCAGAGCUGUUUUCCUAGUGGGACAGAACUAUGUAACGCAGGCUAAGGAGUUCUUUCAGAUGGAUGGAUAUGUGACGGACCACAUAGAGAUUCUGCAGGACCACAGCUCUCUGUUUCGGGCCCUGGCUUUCUUUGAGGAAGAUCUGGAACGCCGCUGCAAAAUGCACAAACGAAGAGUUGACAUGUUGGAGCCAAUCUGCAAUGACUUGAACUCUCGAUACUACCUGCUGAUCCGCAGGCAGCUGAUGUUUGAGUUAGGGGAGACUUAUAAUGACAUGAUGGACUUGAAGCUGACUCUCGCCAACAGACAAGCAGACAACCAUUCUCUAGAUAGCCAUACCAUUAAGAAAUUCAACCAUCUCUGCUCUGCCUCUGCCAAGUAUUUCCAGAUGUUCAUAGAUUCGCUGUGCUCACCAGAAGGAAAGCCUCCUGAGCACCUGGAGGAGGAGGUGCUCAGACCAGCUCUAGUGGCCCGAUUCAGGGUCGCUCGACUUCACAGCAAACUGAUCAGCUCCUCACCCCCAGUUCAGAUGGAAAAUCUCAACAGAGCUUUAGAAAACUACAAGUAUGUGGUGGAGUAUUGCGAGACUCACCCUGAAGCAGCGGUCGCCGUGGAGACGGAGCUGGAACUCAGCAGAGAGAUGGUCGGCCUUCUUCCUCUAAAAAUUAACCGCCUUAAAUCAAGGAUGGCAGCAAACAACUAAGGACCAAGUUGAAAAUUCCCUCUCUACUGGCUGAUAUACUGCUAAACUGAUCAUGUUAACUACAUUGUAUCUCGUUACUUUGGCGCCAGAGACGCUUAAAUGUAAAUUCUGAUAGUUUUUUGUUAAUGUACUUAAGUGUUUGUUGACUUCUCCCGUUAAGCAUGCUGCGUUUGAAUGCAUCACAGCCAAUAACUGCUGCAAUGUGCCCUGAAUAUUGUGCAAUAAAGUGGUAAUUUCAUCUCUCAUUCCAGCUCAGAUAAUAUGUAGCAUAUUGCAGUUAAGUGAAACAAAUUUUAGGUAGCAAGGAAAAUAAAAAGUUGGUAUAUUUUCCAGAGCAUGGAUUUGUGUUCCACCCUCUGAACCUAACAGGAUGUUUCAUGAUGACCUGUUUGCUUCGUCAGAUUAAAUUUUUCCCCUCUAGCAUUA